GGUUGAUCUGGUUUCUCAAUAACCUCGCCCACUGUUUUGGUUUUUUUUUGUCUGGCAGGUAAUUAUUAGUUCAAACAUUGUAACCAUCGAAAACCUUAUUAGUGACUUGAUGGCAACCUUUUCCAGCGCUGCCGCUGCAUCCCAGAGUGAGGCACUUGCUUGCCGGAUCAUUGCGACCAGGGCCGAGGUCGACGAAACCAUCAAGUCCUGGGAUGAUGCCAGACCACAGAGAGCCCACGUGGCCCUCCUGGCCGAGGAGAUUCACACCUUGUCCGCCAUGGCCGACAGUCUAACAGACGCCGUACGGAAGGCUCAGGUAGUAGCUCCCGCCGUCCAGCCGGCCUUGAUGCGCGCUCUCGACUCGGCCGAACGGGCCUGGGCCGUCAUGGAUAAACAAUUACGUCGGCUUAGAGAGGCCGACGCCGAUGUUGUUGUUGAUGGUGGCGUCGUGGAGGAUUACGAAAUGAUGAUGCAGGCUGACAUGGUACUUUAUGAAUUGUUUCGGGAACUAUUGCAAAUACAUGAUGUGGCGCGUCAAGCUACUAUAUUAAAUGGACCGGAUGCACAACGGAUCCUUGCCGGGUUUGACGACGCAUGCGAGGUUGUUCUCGCCCGACGAUCAGUCUUCAUGGAGAAGCCCACAUCACUGCGCAGCCAGAGCACCACCUCGCUGGUCUCGAGUCCGUCAACACAAUCCACCCCGACGAGUCCAGACCCCCCGACCCCGACAGCAAUCGCCGGUCCUGCUGUUUGUCCAUCAAAGGGCAAGGGCGGCAGUUUCUUUGGUGGUCUCUCGCAAUCCUUCCAGGCCAUGACGGCCAACUUUCGCUACAAGCCAGAGCCGCUGGUGUCAGCCCUCUGUCAAUCCGCUACUCGUGGUGAUGUCCAACAGGUCAAGGGUUUGAUCCAAGGUGGCGCCAACGUCGACGGCCGCAACGAGGACCGCAAGACGGCCUUGAUCUGCGCCAUCAUGGCUGAGCAGGCCACCACCGUCCAGUGGCUCCUCGACCACGGCGGCGCAAGCGUCAGGGCACGCGAUGGGGGAGGCACAAAAGCAAAGCCACCUCUUUACCAUGCCGUGCGUACCGGCAACUCAGAACUCGUCACAUUAUUACUCCACCGUGGCGCCGAGGUCAACGCCAAAAGCUCAAUGGGCCAGUCGUAUCUAGUCGAGGUCGUCCAAAGCGGCAACGUCGACAUGCUGCAACUGCUCUUGAGCCACGGCGGCGACUCCAACGCACGCGACGUCACCGGCCGUGCACUACUGGUCCAUGCAGUCAACGCCGGCAAUCUCGAGACGGCAAGACAGCUGCUUGUCCACGGCGCCGACGCCAACGUUCGCGACUACAGCGGCCAAGCCGUCCUCAACCUCGCCGCCACCAGCAUCCCCAUGCGAAUGGAACACGUCACACUCCUCCUCGAACACGGGGCCGACCCAAACGUCCGUGACCUCACAGGCCAGCCACUGUUGGUUCACUCGGUCUCGUCCGGCAAGAAAGACCUGGCCCGCAUGCUGCUCGCCAAAGGCGCCGACCCCAACGUCAGAGACCUCUACGGCCGCACCGUGCUGCAGCUGCUCGUCAAGCAGCGCGACCUCGACCUGAUCCGCGUCCUCCUCGAGCACGGAGUCUCUCCCAACCAGCUCGUCGACACAACCGGCUCAUCCGCCGGCGAGACCCUGCUGCUACACGCCAUCGGAUCCGGUGACGACGACCUGGCCGAGCUGCUGAUCAAGCACGGUGCCGACCCCAACGCCAGGAGCAAGCAGGGCCACACCCCGCUCAUGCAGGCGCUGCAGCGCGGGCCCGCCAAGGACUCGCUCGUCGCCCUGCUGGUCGAGGCGGGCGCCAGCCCGAACAUGGAGGGGCUGUGCUCGCCGCUCGUGUUUGCUGCCGCCAGCGGGAGGGGCGACAUGGUGCAGCUGUUGAAGUCGUACGGUGCGGCGGCUGAGCACGACGUACCGCCCGCGAGGGGUGGUGGGGGCUCGAGCCCGAGCCCUCGGCCGGUCAAUGAUGCCCCCGCUGCUGCUGCGGCUACCACGUCGGCCAUUCCUGAAAAUCCCGAUGUUCCCCCGCCGGAUUAUGAGAGUAUACACGUUAGGAAGCUGGGACCUGGGGUGGGGUGAGGCCUGUUGGUUAUCUUUCAAAUGUGUCUUUCAUUUCGAACAAGCGUUUACGUAUAUUAAUCUAAUGGAAAUAACUUGAGUAAAUGAUGUGG